CCGCAGCCGCCAUUUCGGGCGCCGUGAGGGGGCCGCGCGUCCGGCAGCGCUCGGGACGCGUCCUGCGGCCCGGGGCGGGCUGGGGCGGGGCGUGCGCUCUGCCUGUUUCCUCCUCUGAGCGGUACUUCAACCAGGCUCUUUAUCUCGGGAAAGAUGGCAGAUCCCUGGCAAGAAUGUAUGGAUUAUGCAGUUGGUUUAGCAAGGAAAGCUGGGGAGAUAAUCCGUGGAGCACUCAAAGAAGAAAUAUCUGUCAUGACUAAAAGUUCACCUGUGGAUCUAGUGACAGAAACUGAUCAAAAAGUAGAAAACUUCCUUAUUUCUUUGAUAAAAGAAAAGUAUCCUUCUCACAGCUUUAUCGGCGAAGAAUCUGUUGCAGCUGGAGAGGGCAGCAUUCUGACAGAUAACCCCACGUGGAUUAUAGACCCUAUUGAUGGAACUACCAACUUUGUACACAGGUUUCCAUUUGUGGCAGUUUCAAUUGGCUUUGUUGUAAACAAAAAGAUAGAGUUUGGAAUUGUAUAUAGUUGUAUAGAAGACAAGAUGUAUACUGCCAGAAAAGGAAAAGGUGCAUUUUGCAAUGGUCAGAAACUGCAAGUAUCAGGCCAAGAAGAUAUUACGAAAUCCCUUUUAGUGACAGAAUUGGGGUCAAAUCGUGAUCCAGAGGCUAUAAAAAUUAUUCUUUCUAAUAUGGAAAGACUUCUCAGUAUUCCUAUUCAUGGGAUUAGAGCUGUUGGUACAGCAGCUGUAAACAUGUGCCUUGUGGCAACGGGUGGAGCUGAUGCCUAUUACGAAAUGGGGAUUCACUGCUGGGAUAUGGCAGGAGCUGGAAUCAUUAUUACUGAAGCUGGUGGAGUACUGCUGGAUGUAACAGGUGGACCAUUUGAUUUGAUGUCUCGAAGAAUAAUCGCAGCAAGUAGUCGAGCUAUUGGAGAGAGGAUAGCCAAAGCCCUUCAAGUAAUUCCUCUGAGAAGAGAUGAUGCAACCAACUGAACACCAAAGCUGCACCAUAAAUGUCCUUAUCCUAAUGUUGUCUCAUUUUCCCACAUGGUGGUCGUUCUGCCUUGAAUAGAUGGUAGUCUUUCAGUACUGGUGUUGCUGCUAAGUAGAGUUUGAGAUUGAACAACAUUCUAAGUAAGCUUUAACUGUUGAGUAUUUUAUUUAACAUCACAAUUAGAUAAAAUCUAGAAAAAUAAGUAAAGAUAUGCAACUAGUAUUUUCAAGUUUUAUACUAUACUGGAACAUAUAGCAAGAGACUCUGAUGUAUAGAUAAAUAAAGAUCUGAAGUUCUGUAAGUGACAAAAACAAAACCCACUAUCCUAAUGCCACAUCAUCACAUCUGAUCCUGAACCCAAGAAGAUGAAGGCAUUACUGUUUAUCCAGUCUUUCUCUGUCUGGUCUCCAGUGUAUCCAUUUCCUUACCUCAUUGCAGUUUUUGUAGAGGUGGUUCACACAUUUCCAAACCUGUUGGUUGCUUGUAGUUUUGGCUGCAAUUUAAAGCCUUUAUUACUUCCAUAUCAUUGGUUUUGUAGUCAUCAUUCUGCCUUUCCAAUGGGAGAUGGACACUGUCUCUUCUUUAGCCUUGUAUGUGGCCAGUACACUUGCAAAUCCCUUACAGUUUCAAAAGUAAUAGUUACUGUGCCAGAAAAUAUGGUCUUCUUCCAGAAUUAAGUUCUGAGACACCUAUCACCAAAUGUACUUAUUUGAAAUUAAGAUGCAGUAUGAUUUUUUGUUAAUUUUGAUUGGGUUUCUUCAUGGAUGAGUGUGUUUCAGUGUCUAAGGAAUCAUUAAAUCCAAUGAUUCCUUUGACUUCAGCUGGCAAAAAAA